AUAGCAAGUGGAAUUAGGUAUCUGCAUUAUGAGGCGCCUGCGAGAACGAUCCAUCGUGACUUGAAGUCAGGAAAUGUUGUCUUGACUCGUCAACUCGUCUGCAAGUUGUGUGAUUUUGGAGGGUCGAAGAAUUUGACCCAUUCGGAGACGGAAACAUCCCUCCGUGGCACAAUUCCGUGGAUGAGUCCCGAAAUGAUCAGAAGGGACAAAAUAACCACAGCAACAGACGUUUGGAGCUAUGGAGUGGUCCUAUGGGAACUGAUCACGCGAGAGGUGCCCUAUGAAGGUCACGGUAGUUUUGGUAUAUGGAAAUCGGUUACAGAAAAAGGGUCAACCCUCGCGAUACCUGAGCAAUGUCCGGCAGAUUUCAAACGUUUGAUGGAGAACUGUUGGCAAAUGGAUGCAAAGAAACGAUGCAACAUACUUGAAGUGAUCGAUGAGUUAAACGAUAUGCCAAUGAAGACAAUAGCGCGGGGCGAGUUGCAGAAAAUGCGUAAUGAACUGCAAAAGGAAAUGAAACAGAUGGUAAUAAAUGAAUCGAAGAAAUUGCAUGCAGAAGUGCAUAAAACGAUGCGUGAUGAAUUGCAAAAGAUUCGCGAGGAAACUAAACAGGUCAAGCAAGAGAUGUGGGGCGAGUUGCAGAGAAUGCGUAAUGAAUUGCUAAAGGACUUGCAACAGCAACCGACAAGCGUACGCGAGCAGACUGAAGAUUUGAGGUAG